AUGGAGCACACUUUAAAGGGAGUGGCGAAAGAGGUCCUAGGGCAAUCUAAAAUAAUCAUGCCACCAAGUAAGGACACAUUUUGGUGGAACGAAGUUGUCCAACAAGCUAUAAGGAGCAAACGAGAAUGCUAUAAAGAGUUGGGAAAAUGUAGAAGUGAUGAGAACUACGAGAAGUACAAGGAGGCUAAAAGAGAAGCAAAGAAGGUCGUAAGAGAAGCUAGAGCAAAGGAAAUCAAGGAUAGAUGGAGGUUCUACUUUGAUAAAUUGUUCAACGGGGAUCAAGGGCGUGAUAUUGGGGAUACAAAUAUCCCUCGCGAUAUGGUUAACCUAGACUUUAUGCGAAGAAUUCAAAAGAGAGAAGUCGAAAUGACACUGACAAAGAUGGGACGUAAGAGGGCAGUGGGGCCCGAUGUAUACCUAUCGAAGUCUGGAGAUGCUUGGGAGAGAGAGAGAGCUUGUAUGGAUUGUGCCAACUAUCGAGGAAUCAAACUAAUGAGUCAUACUGUCAAACUUUGGGAGCGGAUUAUUGAGCAAAGAUUGAGGAGAAUUGUGAAAAUUUCGGAGAACCAGUUCGGAUUUAUGCCUGGGAGAUCGACUAUGGAGGCCAUUCAUCUUAUAAGGGAACUAAUGGAGAAUUAUCGGGAUAAGAAGAAGGAUUUACAUAUGGUUUUCAUUGAUUUGGAGAAGGCGUAUGAUAAGGUACCAGGGGAAAUUCUUUGGUGA